CUCCCGACACCAGCACCAGUGACGCAGCGGGGGCGAACUCGGCGCAGGCGGUUGCUGAAUCAGAGCAAGCGCUGGAAGAAAGCUGGGCAAGCGGUGAACAGAGUUUGUCAAGGCAUCGAAGUCUUUGAAACACUGGACGGAAUCAGAAAUCUGGACGUCAAUUGUUCGCCCACUGAAAGACGGUGACGCCCGCUGUGCACCCGUUGACGCACGUUAUAACGCACGGUGCGUGCUCGUCAAUUGGAAACAAGAAGGGUCGAGAGUUUAUCCUGAUCGUGUUGUGUGUUCAGACGCAGUGGGUUGAUGCCACCAAGCAGUGGUGUGAAUUCAGCAAAUCGAGCGCUGUUUGUAAACACCCAACCACGAGUGAACGUUUGGAGAAGAGCUGUUUUCGGACUGCUCAGAGGGAUAUCUGAUUCUGGUCAUCAUUGCUUUUCGCUCAUCCUCCUCUUAGUCUAAUUGAGGAGACUUGCAGCGGCAGAAAGGAGGGACAUGUCAUCUGAUACUCGUGUCUUUGACCUGACCAAUCGCCACAUGGGAAUGAUGGACAACACUCCUGGAUUCUCGAUGGAGGAGCGGGACCCCAACAACAUCAACCUGCAUCUCCAGGUGAUGUGGGAUGACGUCAUCGCCGAGCCAGAGGGUAUCGCCAGCAGAGACUGCACGUGGCGCACAUCCUACAAGUGUUUCCGCGGCGCCAAGCACUGCUGCUACCGGUUCUUGGCGUGCCUGCUCGGACCGUGUCUGGCCUGCUGUCUCGGCUGCCAGUUCGCCUGCCUGGCGUUCCAGCACAUCUGGUGCAACACGCCGUGCCUGCGCCAGUGCAAGAUCAACUGCAACUUCAUCCGGGCUCUGAACCGCGUCUGCGCCGGCGCCAUCCUGGCCCCCUGCUUCGACGUGUGCGGCACGAUGUUCCAGAGGAUCCGCGUACGUCACGGACCCAUGUCCGAAGAAGACACCAAGGAACAGGACCUAUUUACGGUCUAGUUCAGACGUGAACUGACGGAAAAACAGAGCAUUCGACAGAGUUUGGUUAAUUCCUGUGGUCUCUUUUGCUCUUGGAUCACCACUCUGUUGCUUCUCUGCCGUAUUUAGGAACAACAAAAGAGGCUCGCCUUGUGGCGUAGUAUAUAAGUCAUCCGAUGUGAGUUUAUCUUCGGGUGCUUAAACUAGAAAAGCUAAAAAAAAUUUAGGUGUCCGUUUUCCGUUGUGGUUGGGGAGCCAUUGAAAAGAGGUAAGAUGGGGUGUCAUUUUGUGUUCAAUGCAGCGUUCAUAAAUAGGACAUGAACAGUAAGGUCUGGGCAUAGUGCAAUGAAUAACGCGGUUAAAUAGUUAUUUACCACACUAUGGUAUGGGCAUGAAACAGACUUUGAAUGUAACAUCACUAGAUGGAUAUAAACAAUGCCCGUGAUUGCUGAUUAUGUGUGUAGUGUGCGUUCUCUUCUCAUUAUCAAUGCAAUACUUUAUUCUUGUAUUGCCUGCAUGUAAGAACGAAUUUAGCCAGGACAGGUCUUGGCGUUUAAAAUCACUGCGAUACAGUUUUUGCAUUGUAUAUCCCAGUUUCAUGGGUAACUAAAAAGCGUUCACUGUUUGUAAUUGGCAACAAUUUGAUCUAGUUGCUAGCUGUUCUUACCGGUAGCACGGAUUCGCCUUCAGCUCUACUUAUCGUGUUGUGGAUUUGCCUUGGCUAGCUUGGCAGCAAUAAUAACACAUAUCAUUCCAUGGCUUGUGCAGCAUGCUAUGCAGCUUGCUUGCUUAGAUGCUAUACGUAAUUAAAUGUGUUUGAUGCACCCUGCAUUUAGUGCUGUGGUUACAUGUAUACAUGUUUUCCCUGUGAUAAUACUGUCUAGUCCCUGCGCUCAGCGCUGUUAUUAAUUUCAACAUUAUACAAUAAAGAUCAUCAUUCGAUGAUGUUCAUUAUCAGUAUUUUAACUCAAUACUCAAUAGCGUAAUUUGUUUGGAUAACGUACCAUAAACAUAUCCUGCUAGUGUUGUUAUGCAUAUAGUACGCUGUGUACGUCAAUAAAUAUAUGAAAAUGCGUCACUGUUAUGUUCACAGAGUUUGUCUGCCUAACCGGAACUUGAUUAAAUCCCUACCAAAUGACUAA